UGACUGGCGGAAGCGGGUCUCGCGGUUUGAAUCGCUGGGGCCGCCGGGAAGGAAGGAUGCUGAUUGCGUGCGGCAUGCAGCGAUGUCACCAGGAAGCGCUGAAGAAGAACCGGGUGAUGCUGGCAAAACAGCUGGUUUUAAAAGAACUGAUGGAGCAUAUGAUAGAGAAAGACGUCAUUACUACAGAGAUGAUGGAGAUGAUACAGGCCAAGUCUGGGAGCUUCAGCCAAAAUGUGGAAUUCCUCAAUUUGCUGCCCAAGAGAGGCCCUAAUGCCUUCUCAGCCUUCUGUGAAGCUCUACGAGAAACCAAACAGCAGCAUUUGGAGGCAGUGAUCUUGAAGACAGCAUCCAGCCUGAGCCACGGGAUUGCAAGGCUUGAACACUGUUAUGGAUCAAAUCUUCCAUUCCCUGCCAGUGAGUCAUGUAAUUCAAAGAGACCGCGCUGGAUUGAACCAAUGGAACAUUCCUUGGAUAAUGGAGAUGGUCCUCCAGUUCCUCCAGUGAAGUACUGCACUCCUGAAUUUUACCGUGAUCAUCGGCACUUGGCAUACAAACUGAUAUCAGAGCCCCGAGGCUUAGCACUUAUUCUCAGCAAUGUCCAUUUCAGCAGUGAGAAGGACUUGGAGUAUCGCGCAGGGGGAGACGUGGACUGUACUUCCCUGGAGAUGCUUUUCAAGCAUCUUGGGUAUCAAGUGACUGUCUUUCAUGAUCAGACUGCACAGGAGAUGCAGAAUGCAUUGGAGAGAUUCUCUAAGCUGCCAGGUCAUCGGGAUGUGGAUUCCUGCAUUGUAGCUUUACUUUCCCACGGUGUGGAGGGUGGGGUUUAUGGCAGUGAUGGCAAACUACUACAGUUGCAAGAGGCUUUCCGGCUCUUUGAUAAUGCAAACUGUCCAAAUCUCCAGAAUAAGCCCAAAAUGUUCUUUAUUCAGGCCUGCCGGGGAGAUGAGACAGACCGGGGAGUGGAUCAAAGAGAUGGGAAAGAAUGGUCAGAUUCCCCAGGCUGUGAGGAAAGUGAUGCAAACAAGGAAGAAAAUCUCAAGCUGCGUCUGCCUACAUGCUCUGAUAUGAUCUGUGGAUAUGCUUGUCUGAAAGGCACUGCGGCCAUGCGAAACACGAAGCGUGGAUCCUGGUAUAUUGAGGCUCUCACCUCUGUGUUUGCAGAGGACUCCCGAGACACUCAUGUGGCUGACAUGUUGGUGAAGGUGAAUAGGCAAAUCAAGCAACGAGAAGGUUAUGCCCCAGGCACAGAAUUUCACCGCUGCAAGGAAAUGUCAGAAUAUUGUAGCACACUCUGUCGGGACCUUUACCUGUUUCCUGGCUAUCUGCCAGGAAAAUAACCCUGCCAGCUCUGUUGGAAGAGAGAUACUGCCAAAGCUGAACUUUGAGUAUGGAUGUCUACGUUUUCAUUCUUAUGGGCUGUGACAUCAGAUGCACAAGCAAGGAAUGCUUGUUUGUAUCUGGCCAGUCCAAUUCUUGAUGUCUUUUUGUAAAAUAAUCUGGCAACUCUCUUUGUAAUCUGAUUCGGUUCAGGGUUUAAAAUUCUAAUAUCCUGACUUAUUCCAUACAUAUAGAAAUUGAUGGAAAGAGGAUCAGCACUGGAACUGGGAAGAAGUGGGAGCAUCCUUUGGAAGGAGAUAUAAGGACAUUUGUAAGCAAAAUGAAUGUGAAAAGGGAAACAGACUAUUCAUACAUUUUUUUUAAAAAGUUAAGCCUUUCUGAAAAGAAAAUUAUUCAUAAAAUGUUACUUAUCUUAUGCUUGUAUUUUAAAAUUUUUAAAUACUUUCUGCCUGGUUCUUCAUGCAGGAGUCAGCUCCUGUGCACAUUAGAAAAGGGCUCCCUUGUGAAGGAGAAUCCUUUCCCUCUCUAAAAUGGAAGAUUAUUGUUUUCAGUACUUGACGCUUUCCUAUCCAUCUUGAUCACUUAAAAGUCUGGUUUUGCACAUUCCUUCUGUAGCCAAGUUAUCAAGAGAACUACAAGACAUCCCAGGUUAUCAACAAAACAAAUAGAGAUCCAGGAUUUCUCAUACAGACAAAAAAGCCUCCAUAAACUGCCCCAGAAAUAGUUUUGAAUUCAGAAAUUCUAGAUUAGCUCCCCUUAGUCCCAAGAGUGAACAACUGCAUGGAAUAUUACUUUUGAGGAAUUUGUUUGCCAUAGUGCCUGUGUGUCACAACAGGCAUAGCAUUCAAUCCACCAGCUUCUCAGGAAUCUAUAAAUUGCACUGUACAACUGAAUCCCUGAAACCCUACAGCCUUGUACAAAAGGAUCUUUUGUUUAAUUAACAAAAAUAUUCAAGGCAGCUCUUUACAGUCUAAGCGUGUUGCUUGGAUUAUUUAUCUCUGCAGUUUGUUUCCCUUUUAAAUGAAAGGGAAGAGUUUCACAUUAUUACCCUGUUAUGUGAGUUUUCUUUCUUCAGCCAUGAUCAUUUAAAGCUGUUUGUUUAGCUAAUACUGUUUGCAAAGUGUCAUUUCAACUGGUCAAUAAGAAAUGUUGUGGCAUAAUCCAUAACUUCUUUUGGAAAUUUCCUACAGAGUCUCUUCAUGCUGUAAUUUGUCUCUUGCUUGUGUCCAGUUGCGGUUACUCCCAUUUGAUGUGACAUGGGAGAUGGGCAUUGUUCUCUUUUUGUGGUAGAGGCUAAAUCUUGAUAUACUGGGUUACAUAGAGACUCAAGUGAACAGACUGUAGUCCAUAUCUUCUCCAUUUUUGUAGCAGUAAGUUGGCGUAGUUCCUGGCUUACUCUUUUUAUGUAAGUGUGGCUUUUAAAAUAUUUUUUCAGGAUAGAAUUAUGAAUAGGAAGCAGAAAGGGAUAUGGAGGGAGGCUGGAAAAUUAGGCAUGUGCUUUUUUAUUGUUCUGCCGAGGAAAAUGAAGGCUGUGUUUCCUCCAGCUGACAAAGGUGCAGCAUUAACAUGCAUCUUGCACUUAUCUUACACACAAUGUGAUAAACAGGACAAGGAUCAUACUUGCCAAAUGGUGCCUUACUCUGAAGUUUAAGAUACCAGUUUAGGGGCUGUUUUACCUCCCUGGCGUAUAAACGCUUUCUUCCUGAGUGCUCCCUCUUUGAAAUGGUGCAAUAUUUUACAGAUACGUAUAUUGAUGAAGCAGUCCACUCUGAUGGAUUAGAUUUCUGUAGGAUUGCAUCAAGUUGCAUUAUCACUGCCACUUUCGUAUAUUCUUUUUGUAUACUUGUAUUUUACUGCCUUGAG